AUAGAAAUCGCUGCGAGUAGGACUAUGACAAUAGAAUUAAUGAUUCGUUCUUAUUUAGUAUCAAAUUACCCAGGUCAUUGAGGGUCCUUCUGAAAUAAGUAGAUCUAACCGAUUGAGCAGUGAAGAAAAGAGAAACGUUGUUUGUACACGUUUAAUUGUUUUAGAUUAGGAUAUUUUAAUACAAAUACCUGAAUCGUGCAAGACUCAAAUACGGUAUGCGUGUUUGAGCAGAAAUCUUGUGUGAAUUGAGAGUUAAAGACAAUCGUAGAAAUGCUUUAAAGAAUAAGUGUUGACAAUCCUGCGAUGAUUUAAGAAGUAAACAAUUGGGUGCUCAUUAUUAACUAUUUUAUUAACGAAACAGUUGAUUAAGCGUUUGUGUUUGAUAAAACACGGAGAAGUGAUUUGGAUUGUAAAAUUUGGAUAUGGAUUAUUUUUGCGAAAAAAAGUAAAUGGCUGUUUAAUAGUGAACCCGUUUAUUAUAAAUGUAAAUACAUCUGUGGGCGUACGAGCAUCGGCGUUUCUUUCAUUCAUAUCGACCGCACGAAGAAGUGUUUUUUCGAUUCAAUGUUUUCUCUUAUUUCAAAGAUGUAAACACCACAAUAACAACACUCUUGUAACGGAACAAUUGCGCAAACAUCAUAUAACUAAAUACAUGUACUUAAACUGCCAACGUAUCAACGUUAUCACUGGGGAAACGCGGUAACACCAUGGAAGGAGAAACGCCUAGAGCUCCUGAUGUAGCUCUUCAAAAAUACAGCAUGGAACUCUUGAAAUGCCUGGACGAGAUGAAAUACAGACGGGACACCUUGCACAAGUCCAUCCUACGGGACAUGGCUGAGAAAGACAAGAUGCAGAAUGAUCUCAGAAAACUCACGGACAAACUCGUGCAAGUCAACGAGAAUUUAUGCGACAAGGUUAUCGCCAGAAACCAGUUGAACGAAGCUGUGAUCGAAACGGAAUCCGCGUUCUCCAAUAUGACAGAGGGAUCUGAAAAUCUUUUAAGAUUUAUUAAAAAGGUAACUGCAGGUAUUCAGCCAUUGAUAAAGCAGCCGGAAAGUGUAGAAAUUGAAUUGGACUCAAAGAGAAAACGCGCCUCAAGUAAAACUGACCCAACCAAACGAUAACACGAGAUCGUGUCUUAAACGUAAUUUCGGGUCAGUCUCACCUAGCCAAUAUCACACGGGAACCUAAACUUAUUUUCAUACCAAUAUUGAAGUAAACUUUUCUCAUAACUGUUUAAACGAACUGUCAGACAAAUAUUAUAAAGAUUUGUGUUUGUAGUCUUAUUCAUGUUAUUUUACUGAUUAAAGUAAGUUGGGACUACAUAAUGAAUCAAUUACAAAUAAUAAAAAUACUACUCUCUACACAUUUUGAUGCCAUGCUUGCUUAUUUGUUAUGUAUAUAUAUCUAAUGUUUUGUUGUGUUUUUACGAAGGAAUUCAUUUGAUGCUUAAAAUGUGCAAUCGUACAUUUUUAGCUAGAUAUUCAUAUUUAAUAAUUUUGUAUUGGCGGGUCUGUUCUGGAGAUUCUACAAACCGGAUUUCAAACAAUAAGUUGCUUGACAAUAAACUAUUAUAGAUGCAGUUAAAAUUACAGUAAAAUGCAACAAUCCACGCUACCGUAGUAAGCGUUAUAGAGUGUAAACUGUGUAUAAUAUUUGUUUCAACGUGUAUGGUUUCCUCUUAAACAUUAAAAUGUCUGACAAAACACAUAAAUUUACAUUCUGAAAUGAAAUUUCAUAAUGGCCUUAUGUACCGUCGUAAAGGGAUGUCAAUGAGUUAUUUUUGGCCAACAUUAAACAACUGUCUAACGAAAUCGAAUAUAAACGUUCCCAGGUAUCAAACUUACAAUUACUCUUUCUGAUAUACAUAAAGCAAGCAAUUGUAGUAUGACAUUUUGUAAUUGUGUAUGACCAGGGUAUAUUUAUGGUGAACCAGAACUAAACAAGUCUGAAAGUGUAUUUAUGAAACAUCAUUCGUAAUUAAAGUAAAUAUUGUCCCGGUAUUGAUUGCUGUUGCUAUGUGAUUUAUUGUAUUUCUUGUCACAUUUCUGUAGAUUAGUGUUUAUUGUAUUUUAUUUGAACUUUAAUAAACAUACCUUUCACGAAU